UCUUUUUGAGAUUGAGGUCACCUUAUGUGUACCCUUUCAUCCAAUGAUUGGCCUGUUUAUUUUUGUGCUAAGUUUGGGUGAGACAUCAUGGCUGAACACCAGAGACAGCGCUCUCUAUCCACAGCUGGCGAGUCACUGUAUCAUGUCCUGGGGGUUGACAAGGUGGCCACAAAUGAUGAUAUUAAAAAGUCUUACAGGAAAUUGGCCUUAAAGUAUCACCCUGACAAGAACCCAGACAAUCCAGAAGCAGCUGACAAAUUUAAAGAGAUAAACAAUGCCCAUGCAAUUCUGAAUGACCCCACCAAACGAAAUAUUUAUGACAAAUACGGCUCGCUGGGUCUCUAUGUGGCUGAGCAGUUUGGAGAGGAAAACGUCAACACAUACUUUGUCCUGUCAAGCUGGUGGGCAAAGGCUCUGUUUGUUUUGUGUGGAGUGGCGACGGGCUGCUACUUCUGCUGCUGCCUGUGCUGCUGCUGUAACUGCUGCUGUGGCCGGUGUAAACCUCGGCCCAGAGAGGCCCCGGACCAAGAGUUUUACAUGUCUCCUGAAGACCUGGAGGCCCAGCUGCAGUCUGACGAGAGAGAGGCCGGUGGGGACCCCAUAGUUCUGCAGCCCUCAGCAACAGAGACCACCCAGCUCACAUCGGACGGGCACUACUCGUACCACACUGACACUGGCUUCAACUAACCAUUCACCCCCAAAACUACGCCCCUGGUCCUGCCUGUGUCCCUUCUGUGUACCAGUGAGAGGCAAUCCAUUUUACACUUCACAAAGAAAGCCAUGCAGAAGAGGGAACAAGAGAGCAUGGCUUAAAAUACAAACUAUUGCAGACAUAUCCUUCCCCCUUACAUCCUAUUUGAUUGGUAGUUUUGCAUACAAUUCAAGUGCAAAUUGCAAAACAACUAAAUUAUUUCCAUGAACAAAACAGUCCCCUGCAGUAUGUGUUGCGUCAUGUAGUAGCAUGCACUCUUGGUUACCAGAAAAUCACCAGAAUAACAUUACUAUGGCAACGAUUUACUUUGCAAACUUCAUAUGUGCAAUGUGUUUAAAAUAGAACAAUUUACUGCAAAGAUGAUAUAAAGAGAAGAUUUAUUAUAGAAAGCUGUGGCUCAGGGAAGAGUCACUUGAAGAUAUGUCUGUUUGUAACUAGGUUAGUGCCACCAA